UCAAGUAACCGUCAACAAAUGGAAAUUAUUCUUUUCAGUAGAAAUAAGAAUUUUUUAAAAGAAAUUUGUCGAUUUACACAAAUUGAUCUUUUGCAAAAGAAAAAUGACCUAGCUAGUAACUAAGAUGGCAGCGUUGAUUCAACCUCUCGUAGAUGCGUUUAACAGUGUUGGGAGUGGGACGAGUAGCCUAGUCUCCUACCUUCUCACGGUUAACUUCUACCUUGGAGAUGCUAUAUUCUCAUCCCUCAAAUAUAUAUACUAUUCAACACUCAGUUUGUUGUUGACCUUGUUCUCCGCUGUCCAGAUAAUCCUGGAGGAUUUAGUAAUAUUCCUGGUUGAACUCCUGGACAUAUUCUCAUCCAUCCUGGAGAUAGGAUCCAACCUUGCAGAUUCAAUUCUUCAAGCUGGAUCCAACACUGUGUAUUCAAUUCAUUCAGGAGUGACUGGUCUGGCCGGGUCACUGGUCCGUGGUGUACUGGCCGGGUAUCAAGCAGUGUACUAUUGUACAGAUAAUCUAGGAGCAUUCGCCAAUCUUCUAGGAUCAAGCUGCCUUCUAUUAAUAAACCUUGUUCCUCGAACUAUUUACAUUCUGUUCACCAGCAUUUCAUCCAUACUUCGCAACUUCAAUGCUCAUUCACAAACAAUAGCCCAUCAGGUUCUUGAUGGGUUACUCCGAGCCCCUGCUGAGCUAUAUCUAGGUGUCCUGGUGGGAACAUGUUCUCUUAUUCUCCUCAUCAGAUUCAUAAUCAGAACUGUACAAGAGAGGAAUCUUACUCUGGACUCACUAGCAAAUAGUUUACUCAGACUGAUAUGUACAGUGUAUGUACUGCUUAUUAGAAGCGUAGCAAGGGGUAUAGGGUUCGUGUUUACAAUUCUAGAGGUUACAGUCAGUAAUCUUAGGUUUCCUAUGAUCUCACAUGCAGGAGACUCUGACGACGAAGAUGAGGAUCGAGAGAACCUUGUCGGGGAAAUAGAGGAUUCAGAUGACGAGGACAGAGCUCGUCAAGUGCAGAAGAGACGAAACUAUGAUCUAUUGAUAGAACGAAGGAAUAAACAACAAGCGAGGAGAGGGAGCGAGGGGAGUGUUGAGGAUCUACUGUUGAGGGAGGUGGAGAGGGAGAGGGAGGAUAAACUGUGUGUGAUCUGUGUCGACAAGGAGAAGUGUAUCAUGAUACUACCUUGCAGGCAUCUUUGUAUCUGUGAGGGUUGUCAGGGUCCCUUGAGAACACAUAGAAACAUCUGUCCCAUCUGCCGGAAACCAGUUAAACAGCUGAUUAAAGCAUAUCUUUAAGUAGAGGAUUUAUUCUGCCGAAAAUUGGCAGAACAGCUGAUUAAACAUAAUAUUUAAGUAGAGGAUUUAUUCUGCCGAUAAUUGGCAGAACAGCUGAUUAAACCUAAUAUUAAAUUAGAGGAUUUAUUCUGCUGAUAAUUGGCUUAACAGCUGA